AUGUUGCCUGAAAGUCUUGAAGCAAGAGAGAGAAAAGAUGACUAUGAAAUAUUCAUAGAAUUCAAAUGGAGCGUGUCACUCGACGAGAGGUUCCUCUACACAUUGGGAGAUGUCCGUCGCGUGCACUGGCAUCCGAAUUCACUGUCACACGUCCUCGUGCUGGUCUCUGAUAAUACUAUCAGACUGUAUAACAUAGCUCUCCGUUCGGGCCCGAAGCUCGUCAAGGUGUACACGAUCGGCCCGAAGCCGUCCAGCCUGCUCGCCGGGAAGACGAUCCUGGACAGCCUCGGAGACACUGCGGUGGACUUCACCCCCACACCGGAUGGGGACCAGCUGCUCAUCCAGGGAGAUGGCGAGGUUUACAUGCUGUCGUGUGAUUUGGAGAGUAAAAGCCCGCCCCACCCGAAGCUGACCGGGCCGAUCGCGAUCUACCCCCCAGCGGACGACAACUACGGCUCGGAGUCGUGCUCGAUCCUCGCGCUGGGCGGGGGGGACGUGCCGCCCAUGGUCAUCAUAGCCACCUGCACCGCGUCCAUAUACCACUGUUUGCUGCUGCCGAAUAGUAACGAAUCAGAAGCGGCAAACGGCGACAGCCACGCCCUGUACGUGGUGGAGACCGUCGAACUGAACAUCGUACUGAACUCGGAGGACGACGCGCUACAAUACUCUUAUCCAGUGCAGCUGAUCCAGUGCGCGGGCGGCGCGUACGCGCCAGCCCUCGCACACUACGCGCGCGGGGACGAGGACGCAGAGAGCUUGCUGGCGAGCCUGUGCUCGCGGCCGAGCGUGUCGCGGUACGUCGUGCACACGGGCGGCGCGCGGGCGCCGUGCGCGCCAGCGAGCGCGGUGGUGACGGCCCCUCCACUCCCCACGCUGCUGGUGCUGUGCGCUGACGGCGCGCUCAUCGCCAGAUCUCUAGAACCGUACGAUUUAGAAGAACAGCUGUACAAAGAAAUUCAACUGAAAAAUCCCGCGCUUGAACAAGACGACCUGCGCAAUAUGAUGAAAGAGCGCCAGAAGCUGACGUUCUCGUCGAUCAUCCAAGACAUCCUCACGCGGGAGGUGUCGCAGCCGAAUCCUACACACGGACCGGCGACACGAGCCCAGCCCCAAGGAGUGUCUCGAAACGCUGAGCUCUGCGUGCGUGCGGCUGCGCGGCAGUACGUGCGCAGACUCGCGCGCGCCGCGGCCGCGCUCGCCGACAAGCUGCGCGCCGUGCACACGCUCGCCGAGCGGCAGCGGGGGUGGCUGCACGCGCUGCAGAAAGAAAUAGACGACGUACAACUACAAUCGGUUGUUUUUGGAGAGAAAGCGUGUUCCGCAGUGGUCCGCGGCCUGCGCGCGAGCUACCGCGCCUCGCCCGCCGAGCGGGAACUCCUCGCCGAGCUGCACACCUACAAGCGGUGCCGCGAACGGUUCGCCGAUCAGAUACAGCAACUCAAACAGCACUCCAAACGGAACGCUGAAGAGAUCAAUAAAUGGCAAGAAGAAUACAAGAAGAAAGACGCAGCUUUGGGCAAAACGCAUAGCGACUCGAUCCAAUCUAUUCUACAACAGCAAACGCUCCAAGUGUCCACGCUUAUUGAAGAAACGAAGCUACUGAAAGAUCAACUCAGCAUAGUUUAGAUAUUGUAUUAGUUUUGUCGGCCUCGUUUCUUGAACCUCCAGUUGCUAUACUUAAUUUCUUUCAUAGUUUUAAUUACAACACUCAUUAAUUUAAUGUUAAUGAAUACUCCCAAGAAAAAAAUGCAUAUUUAUGUGGGGAAGUAUUAGGAAUUUCGUUUUUAGUUAAUAGUUGUUAGAAUUCUUUGUAUGUUGAUUAUAAGAUUACAGAACUUGACCAAUUUUUUUCUAUAAUUCUUCAUUUUGUGUAUGGAUAAAUUUAACUGACAUUUAAACUGUCAGUAUUAACUGAACACGUGUGCAUUCUUGCAAAUGUUGAUUACCGACUUUCAUUUUGUAUUGUUUUGUAGUAAUUUAAAUAAAGUAUUAAGACCAA